AUGUUCCGUCAAAGCAUUCGUCGCUUUGGUACUACGGCCCUGCGUGCCGCUGAAGGGUCGACCGCCUACUGCAACCGUGUGUCCACGGCGCAGGGCGUCGUCCAUGGCCUGACAGAGGCGAUUGGGAAUACCCCCUUGAUUCGGUUAAAGAAGCUGUCUGAGCAGACCGGCUGCAAUGUUUUGGGCAAGGCGGAAUUCCAGAACCCUGGUGGGAGUGUGAAGGACCGGGCUGCUCUGUUCGUGGUCAAGGACGCCGAAGAGAAGGGACUGCUUAAGCCGGGUGGUACGGUGGUUGAGGGCACCGCCGGAAACACCGGUAUUGGUCUAGCCCAUGUCUGCCGGUCCAAGGGCUACAAGCUGGUGAUCUACAUGCCCAACACUCAGUCACAGGGCAAGAUUGACCUGCUUCGCCUGCUGGGCGCCGAAGUGUACCCGGUUCCCGCUGUCGCAUUCGACAACCCACAGAACUACAACCACCAGGCGCGCCGGCACGCCGAGUCCCUUAACAACGCCGUCUGGACCAACCAAUUCGAUAACACUGCCAACCGUCAGGCGCACAUUGAGACUACUGGGCCUGAACUGUGGGCCCAGACCGGGGGCAAGAUCGACGCUUUCACUUGCGCUACCGGAACUGGUGGUACCCUGGCUGGCAUCACCCGCUAUCUUAAGGAUACUAGCAACGGGAAGGUCAAGUGCUUCCUGGCCGACCCUCCUGGCAGUGUUUUGCACAGCUACAUCCAAAGUGGCGGUAAGCUGACCGACCGCUCUGGUGGCAGUAUCACCGAGGGUAUCGGCCAGGGCCGUGUCACAGACAAUCUGAAGCCUGACAUUGACCUGCUGGACGGCUCGCUGAACAUCAGUGACGAGAAGUCCAUUGAGAUGGUCUAUCGCUGCCUGGAUGAAGAAGGCCUGUACCUCGGUGCUAGCUCCGCCCUGAACGUUGUGGCUGCCAAGGAGGUUGCUGAGAAGUUGGGCAAGGGCAACACCGUUGUUACUAUUUUGUGCGACGGCGCUUACCGUUACGCAGACCGGUUGUUCUCCAACACCUGGCUGGAGAGCAAGAACCUUCGCAGUGCUAUUCCCAAGCACCUGGAGAAGUAUAUUGUGCUGCCUUAG